AUGGCCCAGUCCGAUAAGGUACAACCAAAGGACAACGCAAAUUCGAUGUGGUCGAUUUUCCUCAAUUGGCUCAUCGGCGAUCCCGUGGAGACUGUACCAGACCCGGUGACCGGACUGUCCCUACGUGACAGGAACUACAUCAUUGACACCUGGAUCCUCAUCAGGCGAGACAUGCGGGUCAACGCGACGUCGACGUUCGUGGCGCUGUUCGCACGCUACCCGGAUUACCAGCGCAUUUUCAAGCCCUUCGCCGACGUGCCGCUGCAGCAGCUGCCGCGCAGCGAAGUGGCCACGGCGCACGCUCUGGUCGUCUUCUACUUCAUCACCAACAUCGUCGAUGCGAUGGACGACGCCGACCUGCUGACGGAGUUGGUGCGAAAAAACGCGCGCAACCAUCUUCGGAGACCCAUGGGGCCCCAGUACUUCGCCAACAUGCACGAGCUGCUCGUGGAGGUGAUGCAGGACAAACUGCGCUCGCGCAUGACACCCGGGGCGGUCAGGGCCUGGACGAAACUGUUCGGCUACUGCCAGAAGGUCAUCGUACAGAUCGACAUCUGCGACAUCAGGGUCUUCCCAGCCUCACCUUUUGCUUUCAAGCCUAAAAACAUAACAGGCAUCAAUGCUACUGCAUGA